AUGACUUCCCGAAGGAUUGUGUCGACGGAGAAGACGAUCCUGGAUCAGGACGAUGCUGCAACUGCACCGGGCAGCGGUGCGCCGCAGGGCGAUAGUAACAUCACGCCCGCUGUUCCUGCGCACGUCAUCUUCAAGCUGCUGGGCUUCACGUUUGCGAUGAUCACGCUGCCCAUUGGCACCUAUUUCGUGACCGUGAAUACAAUCUUCAAAGGCAAUUCGACCUUUGCCGGCGGCCUGGCCGCGAUUAUGGCGAAUGUGGUGCUGAUUGGCUACGUCAUCGUCGCCAUGAAGGAGGAUCAGUCCGAUAGGCUUGAGGCGGAAGCGGAGGCUAAGAAGGCCAGAUGA